CAAGUCUUUACCUCCGGCGACGGCGUACGCGGCCUGCUGCGCGAGCGAUUCGGCCACCUUAGGGGUUAGGUUUUCCCCACAUCCGUCAAGCUAUGGCUCGAGACUUUGAUACAUACAUGAAGGGGUACCAGAGGUGCAAGCGCCCUUGGGAGUGUUCAGUUAAAGAUCUAGGCGUCAAGCAUAUCGAUUUCGAUAAAAAAAGCAUGAGGUUUUUUGAGGGCAAAUACACCAUGGGACCAAUCAUAUCUGACUGUCUCAUUGAGAAGUUCCUAAACAGAUCACAGUUUGAGUCCUAUUCUCUUUUGAGGAACUUUAGGCAUUCAAAUGUUGUGCCUGUCCAAAACUUCUAUGAUGUGUCAGGCUAUCCCAGGUUUGUAUUGUCUUGGGUGGACGGAAGCUUAACAGCAUGGAUGAAAAAGGAUGGCGCAGGCAUAAUGUUUAAAUCAAAUAUGAAGGGAAGCAUUCCAACAGGAGCACUACGACAGACCAUCCUUGACCUCUGUAGCGGACUUGAGCAUUUACUGGCUGAGCAAUUGUACCCUGCUGAGAUUGAUUUAAAAGACAUGUACGUGCGCCAAGUGGGCCACAAGGGAAUUGUCCAAAUCCUCAUUAAUAAAGUUGAGAGAUUGUCAGGUCUUGAUGCAACAAAAAGGAAGGCAAAGUUAUGGGCUGGUCUGAGAAAAGCUCUUCAUGAGAUAUAUAAGGAGGCUCCACGCGCUGUUAACCCUGUUGCAUUGAGGUUCAUCAACUAUGUUGGAGUGACAGACAGCACCCGACUACAGAGGUUCCCUGACAAAUGGGACUACAACAUGAAGGCAAGAAACUCCCAAUGGCAACCGUCUUCGGGCACCAUUUCAAGAGGCGUUUGAUCAUCAGGCCGCACGUGGAACAAUCUAUGACGUAGAAGAUCCCUAUGACUACAUAAGAUUGUGCAAGGAUGUUAUCAAACAUUGGAACGUCAUGCCAGCUUCUGUUAAGGGCGAGUGUUCCACCUGGGAGAAGUUCAUUGACAAGAUCGAGAAAUGGGAUCAGAUGAUUUGGUGCACUCUGUACGAGGCUACUGC